AGACUGCUACUCAUUCUCUAUAAAAGUGCAGAGGUGCUUGGGUAGCAUUCUCAUACUCAGGUGUAAGAAUGCUGAGGAUAUCAGCUGAUCAUCUCCUGCUGUGGAGCUUCAUGAUUUUAGUGUCAUCUGUCCACUCAGAUGGACUUGACCUCUAUGAGGUGGUUCGACCAAUCAGACUCCAUGACCUUCAUAAAAGAUCUUUAGAGUCCACCAGGCCUGAUACUGUGAAAUAUGCCAUGAAUGUUAGCGGCAAACACAUUGAAAUGCAUCUAGAGAAAAACACUGAUUUUAUAACCGAUGGUUACACUGAGACUCACUACAUGAGCGACGGAACUCCAGUCGUAACUAAACCUGUUGAAAUGGAUCUCUGCUACUACCAGGGGAAGAUCAUGAAUGACAGGAACUCAAUGGUCAGCGUGAGCACCUGUGAUGGAUUACGGGGAUAUUUCCAGACUGCAGAACAGAGGUUUAUCAUCGAGCCUUUGUCUGAAGACACUGAUGGUGACCAUGUGGUGAUGAAGUACGAAGAUGUGAUUGAUUCUCCAUCUGUAUGUGGAGUCACCAACACUACCUGGCAUCCUGUACCUGAAGGCUUCCCAGGGUCUUCCGUUGACAGAUCUAAUGCUCGCAUGUCAGGACAAACAAAGUUCCAGCAAAAGAAAUUUAAUGAAGUCUUCCUUGUAGUGGACAAUAGAAUGUAUCUGAAGCUGGACGAGAACAUCACCAAAGUGAGACAGAAGAUCUUCGAUAUUCUCAACUUUGUUAACAUUGUGUACAAACAACUGAAUACUUUUGUCGCUCUGAUUGGUCUGGAAAUUUGGACAGAUGCUGAUAAGAUUGAGGUGACUGUAUCUCCUGGUGACACACUGUAUGCAUUUACUAAGUGGAGAAAUGAAGAUCUGAUGAAGAGGAUUAAGCAUGACAAUGCUCAUCUGAUCACUGAAAUUGACUUUGAUGGAAUGACAAUAGGCCUGGCUUUCGUUAGCACCCUAUGCACAGAACUUUCUACCGGGGUCACACAGAACCAUAACACACGAGCCAUAGCUGUAGGUGCCACUUUGGCACAUGAGAUGGGACAUAACCUUGGAAUGGGCCAUGAUGACAGCUCAUGUGCAUGUGCCGGGGAGACCUGCAUCAUGGCUGCCUAUCUGAGCUACAACAUCCCACAGUUCUUCAGCGCCUGCAGCCUGGACUACUAUGAGGGGUUUCUGAACUCACAGAACCCUGAGUGUCUCCUCAAUAAACCAAACGCCGAAGACCUGCUCCAGCCUGCAGUGUGUGGCAACGGCUUCCAAGAGAUAGGAGAAGACUGCGACUGCGGAUCUGCAUCGGAGUGUACUAACCUGUGCUGCAAUGCCACCACAUGUAAACUUACAAAGGGCUCAAAAUGUGCAGAAGGAGAUUGCUGUCGAAACUGUAAGGUUCACAUACAGGCAUCGCUGUGGCAGUUUUUCUCCUGUUGGGGGCUGUUUUGGUGUGGCCAUCUGCUGUAUGAAACGUAGGAAGAAUCAAAGCAGGCUUCAUCACAGGAGAUCCAGUCUGGGGGGGACAGUCACACAGAACACAACCUGCACUAAAUUAUCCAUAAAAAGUAAUUGAAGAGCACUGAUGCUGUAAAAUUAUUUUUAAUGGAAGUCUUUGUUUGUUAAAAAUAUGACCAGGAAACUAAACACAAGCAAAUGAAUGAACAAUAGAAUAAAUGAAUGAAUAAAUGAAUGAAUGGAUAAAUAAAUGAAUGAAUGAAUGAAUGAAUGAAUGAAUGAAUGAAUGAAUGAAUGAAUGAAUGAAUGAAUGAAUGAAUAUAUCUGGUACAUUAGUACAAGUCUAUAUGUAGCUUUCUUUUGCACAGAACUUUCUAUAAUAAAAAAUUAGAUUGCAUAGCCAUCUGUAUAUCACACUUUGUAACCCCGCACCACACGGGUCUUGAACCCAGAUCUCUGUGGGAGCCACGUGCGUCUGCACACAAUGGGAAUUAGGCCCAUGCGCAGGAUUAAAUGAAGUGCUGCUUUAUUAAUAGGGGUAAGAUAGGACUAAACAAAAAUGAAAAUGAAACAAAACAUAAACAAAACAUGAGCAGUCCAUCAUAUGGUCUGACAACACUAGGCACGUGGAAACAUGGACAAAACAACAACAACA